GCCCUUUAGAAAGUAGUGCGACGGAAAAGGCAAAGGCAAAGUUACGUUGAUAUAGGAGGGACAGAGAAAUCAUCACAUGUAGAGCAAGAUGAGUGUAAAAGAGGGUGGGACAUCGUCAGGAGGUAUAUCUCGAACUGGGGUGUCGUCUGUGAGCGUGUCUCGCGCUGGAAUCACUCACUGGUUUACUUCAGAAAUACAGCAGAUGAUGCAUGGGUUUGGUGACUGUAGGAAGCCUCUCAAUGACACAGCUCUGCUUGUUGAAGAGAUCGUUCACCAACAGGUGUCAGCACUGCUAUACCAGGCCUGUGAUGUGGCGACCUUGAGGAGUGCCAGAUUUAUUGGUAUGGAGGAUCUAUUGUUCCUACUUAGGAAAGACAAGGUUAAACUUGGCCGUCUGCUCCGUUAUCUGGACCUGAAGGACAUGAAGGCAACAGUCCUAAAGGGAGGUAGUCUGGAUGAUGAGGAAGGCACAGAAUCAAGUGAAAAAGUGAUUCAACCAAUGAAAAAACGUCGAAAAAUUUGUCAUGACUUCUUGUCAUCAAUUGACCAAUCAGGGGAGCUGGUUGCAUUAUUUGAUGAUGACAAAGUAGAUGACAUCAAACAUGAUCGCCUAGUGAGAGCUGAAUUGCAAUCAAGAGGCAUGGACCAAAAACAUUACAUGGAAUUUUGUGAGGCCAGACAAAUCAACUUCAGUAGGAAGUACAAGUCCCAAAGAUUUAAAGACUGGCUGAUGGCAGGUGUCAACAUCGACAUCAAACCCAACCUGCCCGCCCUCGAGAUCCUCUCCUACUUCUCCUACGAAACAGUGGCACAGGUGGUUGACCUUGCAUUGCUGGUGAAGCAGGACAUACGGUCAGCCUUAAGUGACCCUUUGGCUAAGAACACACCUAGUGUGUGUAUCAACUACCAUGACCACUCCCCUUCCAGCAGUGGCAGUGUUCUAGGGCGGCCUAGCCACCACCCAGGCAUCACUUCUCCCACAGGGAGUCCUCCAACUACACCGUCAACACCAGGCUCAACAUCAGGUGUGUUGGGUUCAUCAUCAGGACUUGGGUCCUCGGGCAGUGGAUCCUCCCACAAGUCCAAGUCAAAGAAACGCAGAAAGAGUGGACAUGGACAGAAUAUGGAGGUUUGUACAUCCCAGGCCAUCCUCCCCAGUGAUGUACAGGAGGCUAUGAGGCGGUUCGGACACUGUAUAGGGCCCUUUGCCUCAUGUACAAAAGUCAACAAUUUGGUUUCACCUAAGAUGCGGUUACUCUGCUGUUGACCAUUCACCAGAAAAACCCAUAUAUCCACCGUGUUGAUAUGUAUUUCUGACUUUGGACCAACAGAACAUAAUCAGUGUGGCAUUUCCAUCAGUGUAUGACCAGUGUCGGUGUGGGAUCAAUGUCUUCACGGGAUUAAUGUCAAUGUGGGAAUAAUAUCAAUGUUGAACUAAGGUCAGGGGAGAAUCAGUGUCAUUGUGGGACCUUGGUCUGUGCGAGAUCAAUGUCAGUAUGGGAUUAAUGUCUGUGUGGGAUCAAUGUCUCAAUGUCAGUGUAGGACCUUGGUCUGUUUGGGAUCAAUGUCCGUGUGGGAUCAAUGUCUCAAUGUCAGUGUAGGACCUUGGUCUGUGUGGGAUCAAUGUCUGUGUGGGAUCAAUGUCCGUGUGGGAUCACUGUCAGUGUGGGAUCAAUGUCAGUGUAGAAGCUUGGUCUGUGUGGGAUCAAUGUCUGUGUGGGAUCAAUGUCUGUGUAGGGUCAGUGUGGGAUCAAUGUCAGUGUAGGACCUUGGUCUGUGUGGGAUCAAAAUCUGUGUGGGGUCAAUGUCAGUGUAGGACCUUGGUCUAUGUGGGAUCAAUGUCAGUAGGGGAUCAAUGUCUGUGUAGGACCUUGGUCUGUGUGGGAUCAAUGUCAGCAGGGGAUCAAUGUCUGUGUGGGAUCAAUGUCAGUGUAGGACCUUGGUCUAUGUGGGAUCAAUGUCAGAACGGGAUCAAUGUCUGUGUGGGAUCAAUGUCAGUGUAGGACCUUGGUCUAUGUGGGAUCAAUGUCAGUACAGGAUCAAUGUCUGUGUGGGAUCAAUGUCAGUGUAGGACCUUGGUCUGUGUGGGAUCAAUGUCAGUGUAGGACCUUGGUCUUUGUGGGAUCAAUGUCAGUAUGGGAUCAAUGUCAGUAGGGGAUCAAUGUCUUUGUGUCAUCAAUGUCAGUAGGGGAUCAAUGUCUUUGUGUCAUCAAUGUCAGUAGGGGAUCAAUGUCAGUGUAGGACCUUGGUCUGUGUAGGAUAAAUGUCAGUAUUGGAUCAAUGUCUGUGUGGGGUCAGUGUGGUAUCAAUGUCAGUACGAGAUCAAAGUCAGAACAGGAUCACUGUCAGUGUGGGAUCAAUGUCAGUGUAGGACCUUGGUCUGUGUGGGAUCAAUGUCAUAUGAGGAUCAAUCUCUGUGUGGGAUCAAUGUUAGUGUGGGAUAAAUGUUAUAGUGGGAUCAAUAUCAGUACGGCAUCACUGUCUGUGUGGGAUCACUGUCAGUGUAGGAUCAAUAUCAGUAUGGGAUCAAUGUCUGUGUGGGGUCAUCAGUGUGGGAUCAAUGUCUGUGUGGGAUCAAUGUCAAUGUAGGACCUUGGUCUGUGUGGUAUCAAUGUCAGUACGAGAUCAAAGUCAGUACGGGAUCACUGUCAGUGUGGGAUCAAUGUCAGUGUAGGACCUUGGUCUGUGUGGGAUCAAUGUCAGUACAAUGUCAGUACAGGAUCAAUGUCUGUGUGGGAUCAUUGUCUGUGUAGGGUCAGUGGGAUCAAUGUCUGUGUAGGACCUUGGUCUGUGUGGGAUCAAUGUCUGUGUGGGAUCAAUGUCAGUGUAUGACCUUGGUCUGUGUGGGAUCAAUGUCAGUGUAUGACCUUGAUCUGUCUGGGAUCAAUGUCAGUGUAUGACCU